UAGUGCUGACUGACCAGUGUGCCGGGCGGGGCCAGCCCUGUGACGUCACACCGCAAAGCAUGCUGGGAGAGGAAAACUCCAGGAACCUGAGGGAAAGAGGAAGUUCUGCUGGAAACGUCCUGUAAAGAGGCUCUGAUGUCCGGACAGCGGGAGGGAGAGCCCCGGCAUGAGGAGGAGCAGGUACCGGGGAGCCGGGGGCCGCAGUCAGUUCCUGUGAUAUAGGAUUGUCUGAUGACAUCAUCAGUACCAGAUAAUGGAUGGAGACGGGGACAAGAUGGCGGAGAGGAUAUUAGAUCUUACCCUAGAGAUACUCUUCCUGCUUACUGGAGAGGAGUACUCCAGGGUGAAGAAGACGUCUAGUAAUCUGAUACAUGAGAAGAACAAUGAGAAGAUCCUAGAAGCCGUCCACAAGAUGAUGGAGCUGCUGACUGGAGAGGUUCCUAUAAGGUGUCAGGAUGUCGCUGUCUAUUUCUCCAUGGAGGAGUGGGAGUAUUUAGAAGGACACAAGGGUCUGUACAAGGAGGUCAAGAUGGAGGAGGACCAGCCCCUCACAUCUCCAGAGAGAUCCAGUCAGAGGACAACACCAGAGAGAUGUCCGCGUCCUCUCCUUCCACAGGACGGUCAGAUGACUGUACUGGGCGCUUGGAGAAGCAUCUCAUAUCUACAUAUUAUAAUGCAGAUGAUCCACGUGUCAUAUCAGAUACAUAUGAAGAGCGUGCCAUUAUCCCAGAUGUACCCUCAGACCUUCACAGCAAAAAUCUAUCAUCUCAUCCUUUAAAACAAGUCCAAUCUUCUACUUCAUCACAUACUCUUACUCAGAAUGAAACUCGCAGAAGAUGUUGUGGAACCCAAAGAGCUCAGAGAAAGCUGUAUUCAUGCUCAGAAUGUGGCAAAUGUUUUACUUGGAAAUCAGGCCUUCUUCAACAUCAAAGACAUCACACAGGAGAGAAGCCAUUUUUAUGUUCAGAAUGUGGAAAAUGUUUUACGAAUAAAGCACAUCUUGAAACCCAUCAGCGAAUUCACACAGGAGAG